AUGAACCACCCGCCUCCUGGCUUUGGGCGCAGGGCGUCCCAGGGCAGCAGUGGCAGUCCCGUGUACUCCGGACCUCAAGAACAUUCUGCACCGCCAGCCUUUGGUAGUCGUCAAAUGCCUCCUCCGUCUCCUCCACACUCCUACGGCGCCCGAUCGCAGUCGACCAACGCGCCCGCCUCAUCCCUACUUUCCCGCGAUGCGCCCAGUGCCCCAUCCCAUCGCCCCGGCAGCAGCAUGUCCAUCUCCGCCAUGCUAGGAUCAGAUUCAGAACGCCCGGCGCGAGAUACUGGGUCAUCACUUUUCUCGCGGCCCCCGGGGUCGUCGAUUUUCGGAAAUGCGCCUUUGUCCACCUCUGCCGCUAUGUCACCACCCACAGGCCCGUCCCGACCAUCACCUCUAGACCAGUCGGCAUUUCGUCGAUCACAUACGCCGGAGAAGUCCUUUUCCAGGCCGUCAAUGGGACGGCCAUACCGGUCUGGAUCUGGUGGCGGGUCGAGUCUGCUAGGAGGUGUCGAGCAGGCUAAGUUCGGCGGCCUGUCACGCACACCACUCUCUCAAUACCCCGAGAAGCCGCAUUCCACACACCCGUCACCUCAGAUCUCCUCUGCCGAACCGCCCUACAAUGAGCCUCGUCGCAUGAGCUUCAGCGGACCGAUCGCUCGGCCUAGUAGCCAGCCACCUAACGCUGAUGCUUCAACGCGCCCGCCCGGUUAUAGUCCUCUGUCCCGUCCCUCCGCUGGUGUCCCCGACCGAUACGAGCCUGUACAACGUGCUAGUUCUUCAUCAUUUGCAGCUCUCGACCCCCAUGGUCGAGAUCCCCAUGGUCGCUUCGGUAGCAUCUUUGGGGACCGCCGGUCGGAAGAGACUGUCCUGAGAGAACGGGAACGGGAGAGAGAGCGGGAGCGAGAACGCGAGAGGGAUCGUGAAAGGGACCGUGAAAGAGAGCGCGCUUUCCACGGGGUGGAUUCAAAGGGCUCACUUGGAGCGGCAACACGAUUUGGAGCUUUGUACGGCGAACGCGAACCACUUGAACGGCAUUCAGCCCCGUCAACCUGGGAACACGGUCGCUCGCAUCCGUCAUCCCCCGAGUCAAAACGGUUCCCGGCCCCCGAUGCGGGAUCGGCCUUUGGAUUCGGUGCCAUUCAGAGUUAUACCAAGUCUCUGGGGUCUCAACCUGGAGGUGGUCGGCAGCCUCCACUGUCUCUGCAAACGGGCCACGGUCAAGUUUCGCCUACACAGCGCGAAUCGCCUUAUCUCAGCAAGUCUCAACCACAAUCCUCACGCCUUGGCUCGACUCCAGUGACUGCCUCCUCUACGACAGCUCCCUCACUCUCACUUUCUGCAGUCGAGGACCAAGGGCGGCGUAAAGGCAGUGAUGAUCUUCUCCAUCACCGGAAUCUGCUGGCAGUGGGCGUUGAUGGCAAACGUGGUGGCCGGGCUUCUCCUCUGCCUCAGGCGGUCCAGGGUGCACAAGCUCCCUUUAUCGGCCCGUCUGGAGAACCGGGAAUCAAAAACGAGCUGGGGCGGGUGUUCUCUGGUAUCGGCAGUGGUGUUGGCGGUGUGACCGCUGGCUCAUCAGGAAGUGGCCCGUCAACACCGCUGAUUUCGAGCCCCUUCAAGCGCGAUAGUCUCACCGGUCGCUCAGUAAAUGGGGAUGCUGAUGAUGCUAGAGUCCCUCGACCAACAUCGGCGACUGGCCAAAAGCGAGGAAGAAAGUCACGCGAGGAGGAUGUUCCAAUGGAUGACAGUGGUGCUGGACUCUCUAGUCGUGGUCGUCGGUCUCGACAUCUGCACCAUCACCAUCACCACCACCACCAUCACCGCCACAAGGCAGACGAAGAAGCUGCUACUCUGAGUGCCUUGCAUCGGCCUACACCUGCCAAUCUACUUGGUCGAACAUCUACUCCUGCCGAAGCCCCAGCCGGCCACCAUCACCAUCAUCACCACCACCACCAUCAUGCACCUCGAGCCACAGCCACCGUGCCCGCAUCUCCCAUCCGGGAACCUCGUACGACUGUGAAUCUCGAACCCCUCCUAUCAAGUGUGGCACACUUGCCACGACACCACCUGGGAUCCACACUGUAUACCCCUCGCAUCGGCGUUCCGGGUGCCAAAGCCUCCUCGGAAAGCUCCAAGUUCGGCUACACGACAACCCCGCAACCUCUUCCCCGGUUUGAGCAGCGGGAGAAUUGCACCUUCACCAUUCGAGUCCCCCGUUUCCGCAUUGAUGCGGCUCGGCGUGAAGAGAUCUGUGCGCGACGAGCGUUGUGGGGCACAGGCGUCUAUACGGACGACUCCGACCCCAUUGCCGCUGCCAUCCACUCGGGAUACAUCCGAGGCGCUUGGGGUGAGGAUGUAGAUGAGUCCAUGCUGGAUUUGGAAAUCAAGGAUACCUACCAACAUGCCCCGCAGCCUACGGCUGAGGAUCGUGCUGCGAAUGCGUCCAAGGGCGAGCAUGAGCCCCGGAAGCCACGUCUCCCACAAGUACCUCCUGCCGACAAGGACCUACACAUUACUCUUCUGAUCCUCCCGCGUGUCGACCAGUACGAAUCAACUGUGAUGUUCGGUCUCAAGUCUCGCAAGUGGACUGGUCGUCACGACGGGGUAAGCUUCAAGGUCCACCGGGUAGAGUGGGUGGAUGAUGGUGUUGGGCGCGGGGAAGAGCGAAGCGGCGAAGCCCGACGCAAGCGUCUGCGCACAUUGAUGCAGACAGGUCGCAUCUGCACGGGGCCCGCUAUGGCGAGGAUGGACGAGCUUCGUCAGAGCGGCGUGCAGGUUCCUCGUUCCCUGGAGAGCAAGGAGCUCCCCACGCCCGUUCAACCAGUCUCUUAA